CAGUGGAUUAACGGAUAGACAGAGGAAAAAGGUGUUUUGUGCCCAUAACCAUACGAUCGUCCGAUCAGACUCAAACCGGAUCUGACAUGUGCGUCUUUGGAUCUACUUUGGACAGGUUUAUAGUUUUGAAGGUGUUAAUGCUUGCAUCUGAGUGACGUCUGAAGUUCAAAAUUCAAUCCCGGUUGUUUCCUUUUUAAUCAUCUCCAUAACACACCAAUGAAAAGGAACAGCGAGAGUCCAGUGACGACUAAUGACACGUUUCAUCAGCUACAGCCACCGCAGCCGAAGAGGACUUACAGUGCUGAUGAUCUCCACCACACCAUCCCCGGCGACCACAGAAACCUCAGGAACAAUAUGUUCUUCAAAGACAGGUUUGAUGAAGAGGAAGAGGAUUCAGGGAUUAAAUCAGAGGCCGACGAAAGCAAUGGAACCAUCUCCUCAGAAGAUGACUUAGACCAUCUUGACUAUUCGAAGAAUUUCACUCUGAGGCAAACGGUGCCGAAGAAGAGCAUCAGUGAAAUCAUCAAGGACAAGAAGAAACAAACUCAGUUAACGCUUCAGUGGCUCGAGGAAAAUUAUAUCGUUUGUGAAGGAGUCUGCUUGCCUCGGUGCAUCCUUUAUGCACAUUACCUAGACUUCUGUCGCAAGGAGAAAUUAGAUCCUGCCUGCGCUGCCACUUUUGGCAAGACCAUACGGCAAAAAUUCCCACUCCUGACCACGAGGAGGCUCGGCACCCGAGGCCAUUCAAAGUAUCAUUACUAUGGCAUCGGGAUUAAGGAGAGCAGUGCUUAUUAUCAUUCAGUGUACUCAGGGAAAGGUCUGACCAGAUUCUCUGGCAGCAAGCUCAAAAACGAGGGAGGUUUCACACGAAAAUAUUCUCUCAGUUCUAAAACUGGAACGUUGCUCCCAGAAUUCCCAAGUGCACAACAUUUAUUGCUUCACGAGUCCAUUUCGAAAGAAAAGGUUGACACGCUGAUCAUGAUGUACAAAACUCACUGCCAGUGUAUUCUCGACAACGCCAUCAGUGUCAACUUUGACGAGAUCCAGAACUUCUUGCUGCAUUUCUGGCAAGGCAUGCCGGACCACCUCUUACCUCUGCUGGAGAAUCCAGUAAUCGUGGAUCUAUUUUGUGUGUGCGACUCCAUACUUUACAAGGUCCUGACUGACGUUCUCAUUCCUGCUACAAUGCAAGACAUGCCGGAAAGUCUUUUGACAGAUAUCCGAAAUUUUGCAAAGCUCUGGGAGCCCUGGAUGGUUUCAUCUUUGGAAAAUCUGCCAAAAAUCCUGUCAGAAAAGAAGCUGCCAAUAGCUCGGCGCUUCGUCUCCUCCUUAAAGCGCCAGACUUCCUUCUUACACCUUGCUCAGAUCGCAAGACCGGCUCUUUUUGACCAGAACGUCGUGACAGCCAUGGUGAACGAUAUCGACAAAGUAGAUUUAAACAGCAUCGGCUCACAGGCGCUCCUCUCAAACACUAGCGACCAGGACCUGGAUUUCUACUCCGAAUACGACUCGGUCGCGGUUUUCCAAGAGUUAAAGGACCUCCUGAGAAAAAACGCCACCGUCGAGUCUUUUAUCGAGUGGCUGGACUCUGUGGUGGAACAGAAAGUCAUUAAGCCCAGUAAACAGAAUGGCCGCUCGGUGAAGAAACGAGCUCAGGACUUUUUACUGAAAUGGAGUUUUUUCGGCGCUCGUGUGAUGCACAGCCUCACCUUAAACAACGCCACAAGCUUCGGCUCCUUCCAUCUCAUCCGGAUGCUUUUGGAUGAAUAUAUCCUGCUGGCAAUAGAAACACAGUUCAAUAACGAUAAAGAGCAAGAUCUACAGAAUCUCCUGGAUAAAUAUAUGAGAAACGCAGAUGCCAGUAAGGCGACGUUCACUGCAUCCCCGAGUUCAUGCUUCUUGGCGAAUCGUAAUAAAGCAGGGAUCAUGAGCAGCGAUUCGUCAGUGAAGAACGAGACCCAGCCAGAGUACGGACACCUGCCUGUCCAAGGAACUCAACAUGGAUUGGGUUCCACCAUGGUGGUGUACCAGGGGACAGACACAGACAGCUUUACACUAACUGGUCAGUUGGACUAUUCCCAGAGCAGCGGUCCGUUGAUCACCCCUCCCAUCUCUCCGGCCAUGGCGAACCGAGGCAGCGUGAUCAACCAGGGCCCGAUGGCAGUAAGAUCUCCAGUCAGCUGCCCUGUCCAGUCUCAUGCACCCUGCCAGACUUUCCCUGAUACCAUGUACCAAAGCCUGUCUGCCUCCACCUAUUACUCCAGCUCCUCCACCUACCAGCCUACGAGCCUGACGCAGACCCACACGCCUCCCUCGGUUUACCAGGCUCGCAGUGAAUGCUCACGCUAUCCCUCCUUCAGUGGUCAGCAACUGGCUAAGGACUGCUUUGGUAGCAGCUGCAGUGGUGUAACUCCAGCGUACAGCUCCAGAGCCUCGUCAGGAAGCUACCCGUCCACCUCUGAGUCCAACAUCGAGGUGCCGGGAGUGCAGCUGAUGGAUUACGGAUUUACAGGAGGAUGCUCAGGACCAGUGUACACCAGCGCAGCACACAGUGGUUACUAUAGUAACAGCAGCUAUGUGGACACGCAGAGGAUGGGCUCUCUAAUCGAUCAGCACGUAUCGGUGAUCAGCACUGUGACCUCCACUCGCUCGGUUCCUGCGUACUCUGAGGUCCACGACCCUCUCAACAUCCUGAACGACACGAGCAGGAAGCCCACGGCGUCUUACUACCCUGCGCAACCUGCUCUACUUACACGCUCGGCAGGUUCUUCCAUAGCGCCUCCGAUCCCUUGCUCCGUUUCUCCGUGCAUGUAUGGCUCUGCUGCUCCGUAUCACCAUUCCCAAGAUGCCUUGCUACCUCACCACAGCGGCGCUGAGGUGCGGGACAUGGUGUCCUCCCUGCCUCCCAUCAACACCGUGUUCAUGGGUUCAACCGGAGGACCACAGUAACUUUUAACAUCACCUUAAAUCACUGAUAAACAGAUGAAGAAAAUAAUCCCCAUUUAUACCAGAAGGACUCUGCAGAUCUGUAUAAAAAAAAAGGUGUUUUAGAAAAGAAAUGUUGUAUAUAUAAAAUUAUUUUAAUGUAAAUGUCACACAGAUGUAAAUGUAACGUAAUGACGCUGUCUGUAUUAGCUUAGUGCUUCAAAUAGCCGUUCCCGUACCUGUAAACGUAGCCUGUCUUUAGAUUUAAACCCAAAGUGGGCGUGGCCUAAACCAUUUUUCCCCUGGAAUGCUGGGAAACUGGAAAAAUGUCCUUGAAGGUAGAAAUGUCAGCAUUGUCAGUACAGUGUGUGAUGUUUAUGUAGAAAACUGAGAGAGAAUUCUAGCGUUUCAUUAGCCGACUAGCUAUAAGCGAGCCAAAACACUGGAAAACUGGACAACACAAUCAAUGUUUUGUUAAAGUUUCGUUGGUUUAAUUUAUUUUUUAAAAAAUGUACACAAACUAUGAGCCUACUUUAAAUGGACAUGACCCUGACCAGGCAGUUACUAAGGAUGAAUGAAUAAACAGUGGAAAUGGAUCAGGCAGCGCUG